UGAAACACAGAGCACAGUGAGCGAGGAAGAAGCCAUAAUGAUACGAUGGGGCGACGUCUACAAGGUGGUGGAAGCGAUGGCACCGCUCUACGUGGCGCUGGGGCUGGGCUACGCCUCCGUCCGGCGGUGGCGGUUCUUCACGGCGGAUCAGUGCGACGCGGUCCACCGUCUCGUCGUCUACUUCGUCGUCCCCUUCUUCUCCUUCCGGUUCACCGCCGGCAUCGACCCUUUCGCCCUCAGAGUAAGCGUCCUGGCGGCCGACGCGCUCACCAAGCUGCUGAUGGCGGCUCUGCUCGCCGCAUGGCACCGGUGGGGCUCCUGCAGCGCCGGCUGGGUGCUCACCGUGUUCUCGCUGGCGCAGCUGACGAACACGCUCGUGGUGGGGGCGCCGAUGCUGGAGGCGAUGUACGGGCGGUGGGCGCAGGACGUGGUGGUGCAGAUCUCGGUGGCGCAGGGGGUGGUGUAUUUUCCCGCGGUCCUGUUCAUGCUGGAGAUGAUCAAGGCCAGGCCCGGAGGCGGCGAAGGUAAAAACUGCGAGGCGGAGGGAGGCGGAGGCAGUGAAGAAGGGAAUGAAGACGGCGGAAGAUGCCGGUGGUCGCCGGUGUUGGUUGUGCUGAGGAAGCUGGCGGUGAACCCCAACGUCUACGCCAGUGUUCUCGGCCUCGCUUGGUCUUUCCUUGCGAAGCGGUGGAAUUUGGUAAUGCCAGGGAUCAUACAAGGUUCAGUGUUGGUGAUGGCCAACGCAGGAACAGGAAUGUCCAUGUUUAGCUUAGGCUUGUUCACGGCACUGCAAGAGAAGGUGAUUAUGUGUGGCUUAAAACAGGCUACUCUGGGAAUGUUUCUCAAGUUCAUCGCUGGGCCGGCGGCUGGAGCUGUAGGAGCCCUUGUUCUUCAGCUCAGAGGGGAUCUCCUCAGGGUGGCCAUCAUACAGAAUGCACUGCCUCAAGCUAUCUCCUCCUUUGUUUAUGCAAGAGAAUAUGGAGUGCAUCCAGAUGUACUUUGCACAGGAGUGAUAUUUGGAACAGUAAUGUCAUUACCAGUGUUGGUGGCAUAUUAUGUUGUAUUAGGUUUAUUAUGAUAAAUUCAACUUGCAAAUCUCAGUUUAACUUCCUCUUCUCUUCUCACCAUAGUGAUUAACAACACAUUAAGGCUUAUAAAAUAACAAGUUUUAUUUGAUCAACAGUUUAUGAAUGCUGAUCGUUUUCA